AUGGGUAAACGACGAUGCAAGCAGAAACACGAUGCGCCGUUCUUUUCGUAUUUUUCUGAUGAAAACUGGCUUAUGGAGCAAGAAGCAUGUUGGAGCAUGGAGCAAAUGGAGCAAAACGUGUUACAGGAGAUUGAGAAAUACAAGAAAAAAGGCGAACCAGUAUUUGUUGCUGAUCUUAGUAAAGAUCAUAAUUUGGUUUGCUUUGAUCGGAAGAAGAAUGUAAUGACGACGAGAGUAGCGCAGAGGAACGCUGCACUCAUGGCAAUGAUCACGGAAAAUGUGACUGUGGAAAAACAUACGCCCUCUGGCCCGGAAGCCAGUAUCACAGGUGAUGUUUCCACGAACCGGCUACGACUGUGUUGA